UGGAGCAUCAUUUAAAUUCUGGGAGGUCCUGACUGUCAACAGCAGGAAGAGAAGGCGAGCAGUGCAGCCUCAUCCGGGACUGGGCUCUCUUCUCAGACAGCCACAGAGCAAGGAAAAAUCACCAUGAGACUUGCAGUGAUUUGCUUUUGCCUUUUAGGCAUUGCCUACGCCAUUCCGAUUAAGCAGGCCGAUUCUGGGAGCUCUGAGGAAAAGCAGCUUUACAACAAAUACCCAGGUGCUGUAGCUACAUGGCUAAAGCCUGACCCAUCUCAGAAGCAGACUUUCCUAGCACUACAGAAUACUGUGCUCUCUCAAGAAAAUGAUAACUUCCAACAGAAGACCCUCUCAAGCAAGUCCAAUGAAAGCCAUGAGGAUGUGGAUGAAGAUGACGGAGACGAUGUGGACAGCCAGGAUUCCAUUGAUUCCAAUGACGUAGAUGAUGACUCUAACCAGUCUGAUGAAUCUGAUGAACUGGUCACUGAUUUUCCCACUGACAUUCCAGCAACCCAAUUUUUCACUCCAGCUGUCCCCACAAGAGACUCAAAUAAUGGCCGAGGUGAUAGUGUGGCUCAUGGACUGAGGUCCAGAUCUAAGAAGUCCCACAGAUACGAAGUCCAGUAUCCUGAUUCUACAGAGGAGGACUUGACAUCACUUGUGAAAAGUGAGAGUAUGGAAGAUGACUUCAAUGCCGUCCUUCUUUCCCAGACUGUGCGGGGGACUUCUGAUGGGGACAGCCACGCGAAAGACAGUCAGGAAACAAGUCAGCCGGAUGACCACAGUAUGGAAACAAAGAGCCACAAGCAUGCCAGAGAGUAUAAGCUGAGAGCAAGUGAUGAGAGCAAUAAGCAUUCCCAUGAGAUUGGUAGUCAGGAAAAUUCUGAGGUCAGCAGUGAACUCGUCAGCCAAAUAGUUCAAAGCCAUGAAAAGGAACGAGUCCUAGACUCCAAGAGUGUGGAAGAAGAUAAACACCUGAAAUUUCGCAUUUCUCAUGAAUUAGAUAGUGCAUCUUCUGAGGUCAAUUAAAAGGAGAAAAGGCAAUUUCUUACUCUGCUUUUAGUAAAAAGAAAAAA